AUCCGUGCUAGGUUUUUUUCUAGAAGACACAUAUUUUUCUUCGAUUUGGGGAUGGGUAGCUACUUGCAUGCAACCAUCGCAACUCGACUGCUAUCCUGGGUGACUCAACCACUGUCGCCACGGCUACAUCAUGUUAUCGCACGACAAAGUCCACCUUGCAACGAUGGAUAUCUCCGCCUUAGAUGGUGGCGAGGCCAUGGAGAUAGACUCCAUCGAAGAACCCCAAGGCUUCCUGCGUCUCCCGCCAGAGGUCCGAAACCUGAUCUACUACUACGCAGACGAGACCGUCCAUUACUACCGCCGCGUACCAAAUGCGUCCCUCAUUCACGGUCCCCUCUUCGACUGGUCAGAAACCGACUUAAUCAACCCCGGCCAUUACCACAGGCGCCCUCGAAAUACGUUUCGCCGGUUCUUCGCGCUGACGCAGGUCUGUCGGAGGACGAGGGCUGAGUAUCGACCGCUGUGGCUCAAGAGUACUGUUAUGACGAUCAGGCCGCGUUUGGUCGACGAUUUGAACAUCUUCAUGCAAGCCUUCUUCCCAUCCCUAACCCCCAACCUCCCCCUCCCCCCACACACACUCCCCGGCCCCAAAAAACUCGACAUAGAAAUGUACGCCUUCCUCCCCACCUCCUCCGAACCCCUCGACCUGCUCCCGCUCCUACAACUCAAGAUCGCAUCGCCCGCUACAUCUAUAGUGCUCCGCGACGUCUUCGGCUACGACUCCGACUCCGACUCCGACCGCUGGGAUUACCGGGAUCUGGAUCUCGUAGCGGAGCUGGGGCGGUUCGUUGGGAGGGAUGUUGAGAGGGGGGUAGUAAAGGAGGUAAAGUGGUGGAUUGAGGGGCCUGUUGUGGAGGAGUGGGAUGAGGUUGUUGAUGUUGUUAGGGUUGGGAGGGGGGUGGGGGAUGUUGUUGAUUUUUUUUAUUUUAGGGCGGAGGGGGAUGAGGAGGAUGAGGAGGAGGAUUACGAAUCUGAAUUUGAUCCGGGAGAGGAAAUGGAGAUGGGUUGAUGGAUGGGUAAAGGAAUGUCUAGGUAUCAAGGGUUGUGUUUUGCUAAUGCUUUGAGUUGUGAAUUAGUAUAUGUAUAUAACGUACGUCUCUUGUCUGCUAACUUCUAAUUUCGCACUCUCUCCCCUCUUCUAUAAAACAUCUUCUAUCCUUCUCACACAUAUCUUUAGUGCUUUUUGUCUCUCCCCCUACCGCGUUAAGAUAAGAUAGAUAAGAAAAUUUAUGUAUUUUUACUGCAUGUUCCUUCUAGUAUGCGCAAAUUGCUCUAUACUUUAGCAAAUCAUCGCAAUGUGCCUCGCACUACCCUGCAGCAACAUAAAAGCGGACGAAAAUUAAGGGGAAAGAAAGCACAUCGCCAUGUCAUUUUGUGUAGUGGUAAGCCCCUUGCGCAUUGUUGCUGAGCAAGGGUAGUAGGCAUGACGAAACCUGCAUGGGAUAGCAGGCCGCGCG